GACAUGAGUCGAGCUAUGCAACUCUACUAAUGAAAUUUAUCUAGCAAUUUUGACUUUGGUUUGAAAAUUGUACUACUAUUAAUUGUAAGAGAAACAAUUUACUUUUACACUUCAAAAUUUUUUUCGAUUUGAGUUAUCUUUACUAAUUACUCCGUACAAGGGUUGUGCAUGAAUCAUAACAUAUACAAAGUACAUUCAAUCAACAUUUUAUUGUUUAAACCUAAAAAUAAUUACCGAAUAUUUUAUAAAUAAUUAAAAAAUUAAUAAAUAAUAAAAAAAAGUCAUACGAUAUAUACCAAUUAGGCGACUACAAUUGACAUAAACUACAUUUCUCACUUUGCCAUGAUAUAUGCCUAAGAUAAGCGAAACACAGUAUAGAGACAACAAAACAAAACACCGUACCCUCAAGUAAGCUUCACUGCACUUGGCUGCCAAUGACGGUACUCCGUAUAAGUUAAGAACAUGCCAGAAAUCGCAGCAUUGUUAUGAAUCAAGUGAAGCAAAUCCACGCAUUUUCCCUUCGAAAUGGCUUCGAUUACGCUCAAAUCCUCAUCGAAAAGCUCUUCAAAAUCCCCAACAUUUCUUAUGCACACCAACUGUUCGACCAUAUUCCUCAACCAACAACCAUUCAAUUCAACAAGCUUAUUCAAGCUUACGCUUGCCAUGGUCCUCAACAACAAUGUUUCUCCCUCUAUACCCAAAUGUAUCAACGCCAUUGCUCCACCAAUCCUCAAACUUUCACCUUCCUUUUCGCCGCCUGCGCUUCGCUCUCCUCUCCUCACCUUGGCAGGAUGAUCCACGCUCAUUUCAUCUUAUCUGGGUUUAAAUUUGAUGUAUUUGCAACAACUGCAUUGGUUGAUAUGUAUGCUAAGUUGGGUUUAUUAGAAUAUGCUCGUAAUCAAUUUGAUCAUAUGCAAUAUAAAGAUACACCCACUUGGAAUUCUUUGUUUUCUGGGUAUGCUAGGUGUGGAAAGAUGGAGGAAGCAGAGAAAUUGUUUCAGUUAAUUCCAUUGAAAAAUGUGAUUUCUUGGACUACAAUGAUAUCUGGGUAUUCUCAAAAUGGGCAGUAUUUGAAUGCUUUAAACACUUUUUUGUCCAUGGUGAAGGAAGAAGGGUUGGAGCCUAAUGAGGUGAGUGUAACUAGUGUUCUUCCAGCUUGUGCUAAUCUUGGUGCAUUGGAGGUUGGAGAGAGGAUAGAAAAGUAUGCGAGGCGAAACGGUUACUUGGAUAAUCUGUUUGUCUGCAAUGCCUUGUUGGAGUUGUAUUCAAAAUGUGGUAAACUUGAUAGAGCAAUGCAGUUGUUUAAUGAGAUUCGAAACAGGAAGAAUCUGUGCUCUUGGAAUUCAAUGAUGAUGUGUUUUGCUAUACAUGGAAGACAUGAAGAAGCUCUUCAUUUGUUUCGUUUAAUGUUGAGAGAAGGGAUGGUGCCCGAUUCUAUAACGUUUGUUGCGGCUCUAAUGGCUUGUACACAUGGUGGCAAGGUUGCUAAAGGCCAAGAAUUAUUUGCAUCAAUGAAGGAUAAGUUUGGUAUUAUUCCAAGGUUAGAACAUUAUGGUUGUAUGGUUGAUCUUCUAGGGCGUAAAGGGAAGCUCAAUGAAGCUUAUAACCUUAUACAGACUAUGCCAAUGAAACCCGACUCUGUGAUAUGGGGCACCCUUUUGGGGGCCUGCAGUUUCCAUUGUAAUGUCGAGGUGGCAGAGAAGACAGCAGAGGCACUUUUUGAGCUUGAACCGUGGAAUUCAGGGAAUUACGUCAUUCUCUCUAAUAUUUAUGCUUCAGUGAAAAGAUGGGAUGGGGUGGCAAAGUUGAGAAAGAUGAUGAAGGGAAGCCAAAUCAUAAAAGCAGCUGGCUAUAGCAGUAUUGAAGAGGCAGAUCAAAUUCAUUUGUUUAUUGUAGAGGAUAAAUCACAUCCAAAGUCAUAUGAGAUAUACACAGUGCUGGAAAAUGUAUACCAUGAGAUAAUGAAGAGUUACAGUGGAGAUGAAACUGAAAUGGAUGCUUAAUUAAUUUCUCUUGCAUAAUUUCAUAAAUUUCAAUACAACAAAAUUUACUUGUGUCCUUUUUGUUGCUCUAACCGUUUGUCUUGCUUUUGUUUUGGGGAAUUUAUCUGACAAUUUCAAUGGACAUACAUAAGGGUGUUGAUCUUUCAAAAUACAAAUGGAAGCCAGGAAGAAAUUAUGACCUCUGAUGGAUCAGAUACUUUUUUGCUGAUAUGCAAACUUGUCAUUGUAACUCAAAGCAUAUGCUAUAUGCAAGUAGAGCUUUGAUACAACUGCCCACAGGUAAAUAUAACUCAUCACCACUGUAUUUUAGCUUUAUUAUGCAACAGCUGAAAAAUCACUGAAAAAACUCAGGCAUUUUUUAUACAUGCUAGGUUUGGAACAUUGAGCGUUCACUUUAUGCUAACUUGCCUGUAAAAGGCAGUAAAUAGAAA